AUGUCUGUGCGGGUUCUAAUCGCCAGCGAUCACGAAACGCAGGCUCAAGCCAGCACGACCAGCAGAGCGACGCCGGCGGAGGUGGAGGUCGAUGGCAGAACGACAUGUACGACAACACUGCCCAACAGCCACGCCGGGGGAGCCACGGUGGAGGUGGAGGUGGAGGUGGAGGUGGCUAUCGGGAAAGAGGCGGCUACCAGCACGACCAGCGCGACCACAGAGGCGAUGGGGGGGGGAGGGGGCGCAGCUACGGUGGUGGAGGGGGUGAUCGUUAUGGCGGCGGCGGCGGGAGGCGGCGGAGCCGCCGGGGAUUCUAGGGAGGGGGGAGAGGGGGGCGGGGGUGUUGGCGGAGGCGGUGAGCGCUGGCAGAAGCACGCGCAGGCGCUAAGUGGGAGGAGCGGCGGCGGUGGUGGUGGCUACAACGCGCAGCAGCGUCACGGCCAACAAAACCAGAGGCCCGAAGCCAGCGGUGAGAGAGAACAGGGACGAGUGUGCUCCAUCAAGGAGUCGUUCGGCUUCGUUCGCUGCAUGGACAGGCCCGGCGAUCUGUUCUUCCACCUCACCGAGGCCCCUCCCAACAUUAACGUCGGGGAUGAGGUCGACUUCUUCAUCGGGAUGGGCAACAGGAGCGGGAAGGACUGCGCCCUGAAGCUCAACCUUCUUCCGCCGGGAACCGUGUCAUCAGAAAUAAUCCUUGACGCCUCGUUUCUGGGAGUGAUCGAGAGAGACAUUCGCUCUUACCCUUCAUCCAUGCCGAGCACGCACCGAGCAAAUAUGAUGGGGAGAUCCAGACCGCAGGAGUACCAGCAAUCUGAGGGGCUCAUCAAGAUCACGGGCGCAGCCCCCCCCGAGGAGCCGGCCGCAGAUGAUACCACGGCGCCCCCGGAAGGGGAGGUACAGCCGGCCGACGCAACGGAGGGAGGGGACGGUACCGACGCAACGGAGGGAGGGGACGGUACCGACGCAUCCCCUGAAACGGAAGCCGCCGUCGCAGGUGUCGACGAUGCCGCCGGCACCUCUGCUCCUGCCGCUACUCCGGAAACGGAAGAGGCUGUCGCCGUGCGAUCGACACAGCCGACUCUGGCUGGCGAUGACAAAGGCGACACGGCGGCCCCGCUUGGGCUCCAGGGCGCGAUGGUGACCUACCUCGUCACGGACGGUUUGGAAGAAGACGCCGGCUCCAGGUUUAGACGUGGAGACGAGGUCCGGUUCAAGGUGAGCCAAGAGAAGGUCACCGGCAGGAAGCGGGCUGUGGAGGUGGUGCUGGUACGAACAAACAGGGAGAAGCGGGAAGGAGAGCAGCUGCAGAAGCUAAUCGACAGCGGGGCGACGAAGCAGCAGGGUGUCGUGAAGAAGUUGACCCACGACUACGGGUUCUUGCGGUCGCUUUCUUGCCCCGAGACUGUCUACUUUAACACGGCUCACCUCGUACAGAGCAGGGAGGGAGAACGCCUGAGGGUGGGAUCGCAGGCCGAGUUUUGGGUAGUGCCGGACCGCACGAAAGACCGCCGGGAGAGCUUCCGAGCGCUGGAGAUCAAGAUCCUCCCUCCGGGAACCCUUACGCUGGAGGAGGAGACGCACAAGAGCCUCAGGGGCACCGUGGAGAGAGCACCCACCUUUCCGCACAGGCAGAGCUUCGGCGGAGGCAGAGAAGGCGGAGGAGGGGGUGGUGGUAUGCAGCCGGGGUCCGCUCGAUUCGCCAUCCCCGCCCUUGAUACUGCAGAGGAGGGAGAGGAGGCGUCGCCGGAAGGGGGCGAGGGGCCCGGCGCGGCUACUGCGAAGGCGAUUUCUUUGGUGGCGUCCCUAACCCACAAAGAGCUUGGGAAGAGCCAGGUACCCACUCUGGAGAUGGGCGACAUCAUCGAAGCCGACCUAUGGAAGUCCAAGCUUGGGGGGGGCUCGACCCAGGUGAAGAACGUGAAGCUCGUGAGUUUUGGUGGUGAGCGUGUGGAGGGCGUGGUGAAGAACCUUCGGGACGGCGGUUUCGGGUUCAUUCGACCCCUUGGUGGUACCGAAGAUGUCUACUUCAGGAUUAGCGAUACUUGCAACCGAGAUGCCGCCGCCGCCGCCUCUUCAUCUCUGUCGAGCUCUAUCGCUGAGCAAGCACCGUCCUCCUCCCUCCUGCUCAACCCGAACGGGGUUUCCUCCGGCAAGAGGCGUGCUAGUCGGGGUGGGGGGGGUGCAGCCCCGAAACCCCCUCCUCGUUUCUCCAUCCUCUGCUUCCUGGCCGACACGGAAGGGAAGGGUGUGACAGCAGCAACAGCAGGAGGAGGAGGACACGGAGAAGGCGUUACCGCGACCGAGACCGCGGCGGCCGGAGCCGUUGGCAGUGCCGUCUCUUACGGAAGGGGAGACUUGGUGGAGUUUACCGUGGUGGCCAGAAGGGGCCAGCGGCAGCAGAGCCAUCGCGUCGGCGACGUGUCCCUCGUCACGAAGGCAGCGUAUCCUUGCCGGAGGGGCAAGGUGCUUCAGGUAGACGCUAAGGCGGGAGUAGCUUAUGUGGAGCUACUGCAAGUUCAAUGCCAAGACGCAGACCAGGCAUCUACGGAGAAGCCGAAGGAGGAGAAAGAAGUCGAUGCCGCCGCCGAGGUCGCUACGACUGCAGACGCUGCAACAGCACCUCCCGCAUCACGUCUGACUGACUCGAGCACGGCUGAGGGGGCCUCCAGUCGCGUAUUUUUCCUCCUUAAGGAGAUGGUCGGGGCUGCCGGCCCCCUGCGAAACGGCGACGAGGUGGACUUGAUGCUGCCGACACCUCUCCAACGCGUGGCGUUGCAGACCAAGGGCGGAAAAUCACCCGGUGGCGUCCACGCCGUGGGGGCUGACCUCAAGAGUCUAUCCGGGGCCCGGCAGCGGUUGAAUAUCACCCUCCGUGACUCCCAGAAGGGGCCUCAGGUACGUAUGGCACUUGGUCCGGAUGGCAAUGGCUUCAAACAGGGACACCGCGCCUCUCAGUCCCUGUACGAGAAAGCCGCUACUGUGCCUCCCUCGACCGACACCAUGAUGGUGACGGAGGAAGAGGAAAAGGAAAAGGAAAAGGAAAAUGUCAUCGCGACCGAGGCGGCUGUUGAUGGAGCGGAAACGGUUAUCAAAGACGAACAGCAAACGGGCGAAACGUAGUAACGAUGGUGUUGGAGGAGGGCGGGGGCAAGGAGGCAGGGAAUAAUAACCUCAAGUUGCCGAUGGCGGUGAUAUUGAUCUUCUUGGCGUUGUGGUUGUGUAGUUUUUUGCCGUUUUCCCGUUCAGUGCGUGCUUACAGCAGAGGGCUAAAGGUGACAGGGAUUGGCCCGGCAGUAAAUCCUAUGUGACGGUCUUGCACGCACAGUGAGGUUGAAUGUUAUUCGGAUGUUGUCCGUGUCUUACAAUUGUGUCCAAGCGUACUUGAUUGAUAGUGUAUUGCGGCGUGCGAGUUUAAUGACUCUACACAACAAAGCCUGCAUGUCGUUGGACGACUUGUGUCAAACCAUGGACGAGAGGUUGUAGAGCUCCAGUGUUGAAUGAGAUUAGACUGUUGUUCCGGUAGGAGACUAUUCGUCCCCUUUCCCUUUAAGUUGCAAAUCACGUGCGUGCGUGCUUGCAUGUCCGGUUCGACCUGAAGAUUGUUAAGUGUUCAGCGCGCUAAAGCGCGGUGCUAUGUUCAUGCGUAUUCUUCGCUGUUGGUGCCAAUCGCCACAAGCAACUACUCCAUUCCUCUUGCUGGGGUAUGCGGUUCAACAUGUUAUUUAGUG